CUCUUCACGCACCUAACGUGUCAAAAUAUUGAUUUAUAUAUUAAGCCCAAUAUAUCAUUCUAAGAUGGCGGCUUUCCGGGUGCUGACGUUGCUCUUACUAACAACUUUCGUAAUUUCAGAUGAAGUAAAGGACCAAAAGGUGGCUAAGGCAGUUAUUGAGAGCUGCUCAGGAUGACGAUUGAAUCGUUUACCAGAGGUUAAGAAGUUCAUUUAUGAGGACAUCCCUCUGUUUCACGAUGCUACAUUUAAGCCAAAGGGUGGAGCUCCUCCUGUCCUUCAGCUUAUGAAUAAAGAUAACCAGAUUUUAGAGGAAAUUGAGUUAGAUAGGAAAUCUAGGCAAGAAUGCAAUGAUCUCCUUCUCCAACUCGGUUUCUUAAAGAAGGCGAAUGAGGAUGAGGAAGUUGAUGAGGACAAACAAAGUACUCUUUUUUAUAAAACUACAAAAGAACUGGAAAAGACAGCAGAUGAAACAGAGAAGAAAGUAGAAUUAUAAGUUACUGAUUUUAAAGUCAUUUUCUUUGGGUUAAACAGCCACUUUUUGCAUCAUUUGUUCCUGUGCAUAUAUUUUACUUAUGUUUUUUUUUGUGUAACGGUUUUCAAAAUUUCUGUAUUCUUGCUAGAUUGAAUGAAAGUAAAGCAUACGUACUGUUUGCUAAUGGAAUGAACACUCUUAUAAAUGGAUGUAGUAAAUGUAAAAAAAGUGCAUGUUGUGGAUUAGUUUGUAAACAGACAUAUGAUGUAUAUAAUAUUGCAAGUCACAUAUUUUGAAAUCAAAAAGCUUUUAAGAAUAUAUUACAGUAUUACAUUAAAUCGCAAACUGUUUAUUAAGGCAGGUGCCCGCCUGUGAUAAAAAAAGUUGUAUUUAGGGGCACCUGGGGUCUUUGCCCACCGUCAAAAGCUGGAAAGUUGCCAUAUGAUAAAUAAUUGUGUAUGUUUGACGUUAGGCCCAUCAAAAACAAAACAAAGUUAUCAAAGCAAAGUUAAUGAAGACGGCGAAUCAUUGGUUAAAAUCUGUUAUAGUUGAAGGUAUAUGGAUAGAAAGUGUACCAAAAUGGCAAUAUAAACUGUUUUGUACUGACUAGAUAGUAAUAUUGGUGCUAUUGUUGGAAGAGGAAGGGAUAUAUUGUUUUGUUCACAGUAGGAAUAGAUCGGAAUGUUGAAGCAAGAGAUGGCUAUUGAUUUUUGAUUAAUGUACAUUUUAUACUAGUAAUGCUUGAAGCAUUUAAUGUGUUCAAUGAAAUAAAUUAAGAUGCAUUUGAUUUGUUUUAUCGCCAUUGUAUGAGCCUCUUUUUAUAUUUCUUUAUGAUAAUGUAAUACAUUUAAUAUCCUGCCUUUGUGCAAAUGCUGUGCAAAUGCUGGUCACUACGCUAGUCAAACUGCAAUGUUAAAAACACGCCAUCAGAUAAUUAGAAAUACAGUAAAUCUUCGCUUGCUCAAACUCGGAUAAUUUGUACACCACCUGUCGCUUGAACUUACCGUUAGGUCCCAGCAUAAUAUCUUUAUAAGGUAUAUUUUUCGAUUGCUCGAACUACCCAUUACUUGAAACAAAUUCUGAUUGUCCCGUUGAGUUUGAGAGAACGAAGUUCGACUUUAUAUCAUUUCUCAAAUUUCAUGUUAAAAAAUAUGAACCGUUACUAAUCAGUAUCUGCGUAAACAUAGAAUAAGCGUGUUUGUGUGUAUAAGCAGUGCUGUUUAAAAAGUACUACAUAUAUAUAAGUUAACACAGUAUAAAUUGUAAGGUCGUUGAAAAAGACACAGUAUUUCUUGACAAACAGCUGUUACUGGAUAGCAUUUAAUUGUGAUUGUAGCUGUAAAUACGCAUUUAAAGUUUAUAGAUUUACAGAUGUAUACAUUAUUCCUGGUCUGUAUUAGUUGAAAAAAGAAGUAUUUCUGCAUAUUAGUGCUUUUGCACAGCUUUUUACAUCAAUACAUUAUACGAUAAGUGUAAUGCUUUUGUGAAAAUAUAUUGUUGUAGUAAUUUAUUAUCUGUGUUGUGUACAUUUUUAUUUAUUACACAAAAAGACUGACUAGAUCUGCAUGUGUAACAUUUGUAUUAUAUAUGCAUUGUAUGGCUGAGGCAGAAAGUGUAAUCAUUUAACAUUGUAAUUUUCUCCAUACUGUAUAUCACACUACAAUAUUAUAACAAAAAAUUAUGUUAAAAUAUGACCCUUUUGAAACCACAUUUGCUGAAGUUCUAUCAGAGUGGGCGGGAGAAAGUAUCAAUGACGUCGUCUGCGGAAAGCCACUGGCUUGCAGAUGACUGAUGUACUUCAACGGCCUCCUGUUUUCUCCAGAACUUCAUCAAAGUGUGAUUUAUUGGUUCCGUACAUGUUUUCUUGCUAUUUAUUAUAUUUUUAUUGUCUUUUAAACUAUGUCAAUGGGAUUGUCUUUGCAAUGGAGAAAAUAAAAAAUGAAAAUAAA